AACUUUUUUCUCUGGCAGUGUUGCGUUAAGUCCUCACAAAUUAUUACUUAUUUUUUACACAACGCUUCACUAGUAGGCUACAGUAGUCAGCUUGCACCGUCUGCAUUGCAAAUCUCGACUUCUUACCAGGACCUUCAAGUUUCAGCGAAGAUCACCAUGCAGGCUGGCAAAGUUCCUGAUACCCCUAUGGAAUUCCUUGUGGAUUUCCUGAACAAGGCCAAGGAAAUAGCGGAUGUCAGUACCAACAUUACAGAAGAGUUGAGGUGCAAUUUACAGAAGGCCCUUGACAUUGCAGCAGGGUUGGAUGACUAUUUGGAGAAGAUGAGCAGCCAGGAAAGUCAACCUCUUGCUGAGCUCUACAAGAAAACAGUGGACCAUGAUUGGGACAAAGUCUACAAGGAAGGCAAAACUCGCUUCCGUCUUCCAAAAGAAUGCAUCACUGGACAUGUUGAAGGCCAGGUUCUGAAAAUGCUUGUUCACACAAGCAAGUCUAGGAGGAUUCUAGAGAUAGGCAUGUUCACAGGCUACGGGGCGCUCUCCAUGGCUGAGGGACUACCUGAGGAUGGCUCCCUAGUUGCCUGUGAACUCGAGCCAUACCUUAAAGAAUUUGCUCAACCCAUAUUUGACAAGUCUCCACAUGGCAAGAAGAUAACUGUCAAGAUUGGUUCCGCUAUGGAUACCUUGAAGGAAUUGGCAUCAAAAGGAGAACAAUUUGAUCUGAUCUUCAUCGAUGCAGACAAGAACAACUACAUCCAUUAUUACAACUAUAUACUGGACAACAACCUGCUUUGUGUCAGCGGUAUUCUCUGUGUGGACAACUCCCUGUUUAAGGCCAAGGUGUACCUGAAAGACACCACUGAUGAAAAUGGAAUAGCCCUCCGCGACUUUAACGAGUUUGUUAGGAGAGAUCCUCGUGUGGAACAGGUUAUUGUUCCUCUGAGAGAUGGCAUCAGUAUCAUUCGCAGAGUGCCCAUGCUAUCAGCAUGUCCCGGCUCACAAAUCAGGGUGACAGAUGACGAGGUGUUCCGGGGAGUCAAGGGGAGGCUGAUACUGGAGCGGAUGCGUCUGGAUGGCAAGGUGGCUUAUGUGACUGGAGCAGGUCAGGGGAUAGGCCGAGCAUUCGCACAUGCCCUGGGAGAGGCGGGGGCCAAGGUGGCUGUUGUGGACAUGGACCAAGGGAAGGCUGCGAGUGUGGUAGAGGAGCUCACUCUGAAAGGGAUCAACUGCAUUUUGAUUGUUGCUGACAUCAGCAAAUCAGCGGAUGUCCAGAGGAUGAUUGACAACAUUGUUUCCAAAUGGGGAGAGAUACAUAUUGCAUGCAACAAUGCUGGGAUCAACAAUAACUCUGCCAGUGAAGACACCAGUUUGGAGGAGUGGGACCAAACCUUUAAUGUCAACCUGAGGGGUACAUUCAUGUGCUGUCAGGCUGCAGGCCGUGUGAUGCUGAAGCAAGGCUAUGGAAAGAUCAUUAACACAGCCUCUAUGGCCAGCCUCAUAGUGCCCCAUCCACAGAAGCAGCUUUCUUAUAACACCUCAAAAGCAGGAGUGGUCAAACUGACACAGACGCUUGGUACAGAAUGGGUUGACAGAGGAGUCAGGGUCAACUGCAUUUCUCCGGGUAUUGUCGACACCCCUCUCAUCCACUCAGAGAGUCUGGGGCCUCUUGUGCAGCGCUGGCUGUCAGAUAUCCCUGCUGGAAGACUGGCUCAAGUGACAGACCUGCAAGCUGCAGUGGUCUACUUGGCAUGUGAUGCCUCAGACUACAUGACAGGGCAUAAUUUAGUCAUAGAGGGUGGGCAAAGUCUGUGGUAAAAGGAGGGGGAGAGAAACUUUCUUUGUUCCUCUGCAGGAGUCACACUUUGGAAAAGGAAUCCGCCCUCCCAAAAUUGGUCUCCAUUAGAUGAAUCAAAGGAAGAUUGGGUCAUGAUUACCACCUCAUUGUGAACAAAAUAACUUUAUUAAUAAAGAAAAGAAGAAUGUUCAUUAUCAAAUGUAAGUCUAGGGCAUAUUAUGAUGUUGGGACUGUGCCACAAUCUACAGAAGACAAAAUGCUAAAUUUAAAACUAGAUUAAAUAAUAGUUGUUGUUGUUGUCUUGCAAAUAUUAGCAAACUUGACCUAAAUAGACUUAAAUGUAACUAAGACUGUCAAGAUUUUUUUCGGUACAGAUGUUUCUGAAUGUAAUAAAUGGUUUUCAGAAGGGAUGGGUUGACAUUUUUGUUUUAGUUUUUGGUUGUUUUCAGAGCAUUUAGGCUUCCAUAACCUUUUUACACUGUUCACGUGGUGUCUUUUGAUGUUUUUAUAGAGAGAUAAUUAUGCUGCAUUAAUCUGUAAGUGACCCUCAUAAACAAGCAUUAAAGCUAUCGGCCCUUUCAGAUGGGUCCAUUUCAUAAGUGCUCAGUACACUUGAGAACGGAUCACAGUUCAAGAUUUUGAUGCAUGGAAUACACAAGAUUUUACACUGUCAAUG